GCAGUUGAAUAGCGUAGUCGGUACAUGACGCAUGAUAAACUCAGUUGCAUGCUGAGUGGUGGGGAUAAACACACAUUUCAAAACAAUUGCUCGCUGUUUGACAGCAAAACUGGAAUUUAUUUCCAUUUUUUUUCCUCUCUCGAAUGUGGCACGACCAAUUUCGUACGGCUUAUCAAUAAAACAAGUACGAAUGGUUGCAAUUGUCAUAAUCUAUGUGCUGUCAUUCAAAAGUUAUGUGAUAAGAAUGAAAAUCGAAUUGUUGUCGACUCAAAGAUUUUAGAAAAGUUUUCGCUGAUGUAAUAUACGAAUUGUUGGUCUUGUAUUUUCUGUAGUGUUUGAAGGUAUUUGAAAAAAAAAUGUUGACACAAUAUAUUGGGAAUAUAACACGAGUGGAACCAGGUCAAAUACUUGUUUUGGUGGGAAAAACAACGGACGCUGCAACCAGAUUGGAUUUGAAUUUGAGGAGUGGCAAACAUAAAGUUGAUAAUAUUGUAUUAAAUUUGUCAGUAAAUUUCCAUGAGAAUGUAAUCUUUCGAAACAGUCGAAUCAAUGGUGAAUGGGGUGUUAGAGAACACGAAGAAAACAUAUAUGAAUCUAAAGAAGACACAUUAAAUCCAAUUGUAUCGGGCGAAAUAUUCAAAUUUUACAUUUUAAUCGGAGAUCAGCAGUUCCAUAUCGCUGUCAACAAUCGACCAUUUUGUACAUACAAUUAUCGCUUGCCAGCUGAAUCAAUACGAACGGUUCAGUUGAAGUAUGAUUUACAGUUUGUCACACAAGUCGAUCAUCGUUCAGUAUUUCCAUCACCCCAUCCGCCCGUUCAAUUUGACGAUGCUAGAAAUAUUUUCAGCAAUGAUGUGCCCAAACCAUUUAAAUGCGGUCAUGUGAUAGUUAUAACUGGCAUUCCAUAUGGAAAUCCAAAAGGAUGGUUUCUCAUCAAGUUCACUGAAGCCGCAUCAAAGCGACAAGCACUCCACUUUAGCGUAAGAUUUGAUCCUCAUUUCGUUGUCGUACGAACUUCCAUGAAUGAAAAUAAUGUGUAUGGAAUAGAAGAGCGAUUUGGAGAGUUUCCAUUUGCAUUAGAACAACAAUUUAAACUGGCUAUUGCAAUGACACCAAAAGAGUUUCGAUUUGCCGUGGAUGGUGCGUAUUUUUCGUCAUUUGUACAUCGAUCCGAGCAUGGAAUCGAAAAAUUGAACGGUUUCAAGAUGGGAACGUCGUUCGGAAUGUACAUGGAAAUCACUUCGGUGGAUCAUUUAGAAAUGGAUUCAAUGGAAUGCGAAGGAUUCGAAGAAUACUCUAAUCCCGAUGCAGAUAUAUACUAAAUUCAACGAUUUAUUCAUACAUCCAGAGGCAUACUUACAUCACCUGGGGCAGUAAUAUCGUUGCAGAAAUAACAUCCCAAUUUGUUGCCCGGUAUGCAUUUUAAUCCAUCAAUAACUGAACUAGUCGAUCCAUCUGCUGCAUCUUCAUUCGCCGAUGGAUUACAGCCAUGUCGCAUAACCAAAUAACUAUCAAAACCCAAUGCUGCAUUUAUGACGAUCUAAAAAUAAAUAACACCUUUAGUUAAUCUCGAAUAAAGAAAAAGAAA